UGGACAAAGGUGGUGGGAGGCGAUGAUAUCACAGAGAGCUCUUGACAUCAUCCAGGCAGGACAGGGGUGCACGACAGGGGCAGCCUUGGAGAUCCCUGUGGCUUUGCUUCAGCGCGUCUCCAUCUCGAGGUCUCUCCUUGAGUACCGAGAUAAUUCACUUUUACCUACGUGAGCGUAACGAGGACCCUCUUCAGAGUUUUCUCUUCUUCAAUUAUUGAUUUUGCCAGAAAACAGACGUCCCUAUAUAGAAGGAUGGCCAGGCUCCUGCGGAGGUUCAGGAGGAAGGCUCUGCAGGUGCCCCCAGAGCCUUCGGGAAGGAGCGGCCAUCUUCCCAAGGGGCAGAGCCACCUCUCCGUCCCCGCUGGCGGGGAAGCAGCUCCCAUCCAGGCCAGAAGGCGGAAGAUCCCAGCCUUCUGGAGAACAAAGCCAGCUCCCGGUGCAGGCGCCGACCUGGGAGAGACCCCGACCAAGCCCAGGUGGAGCUGGCUCAGGUUGAGGUUUUGCGGACAGGACCCAGCCCAGGAGGGGCGCCGGGCAGGGAGGCUCUGGGGCCUGUUAUGUGGGCAGCAGCGGCCCCAGGAGCCCAGCCCUCAUUCCCAGCAGGGGGCAUCGCCUUGCCUGGGCUCUGAGGAUCUUUCAGCCCCCUCAGACCAGGAGGUGGAAGAUCCCAGCACUAGCACCAUCAGCGCAGCACGGGACAGCAGCAGUGCCUGGGGCUCCAGCAGCAGCGACGCCUCUGGACGCUGCUGCUUUGUUCCAGGGACCCCCACGGAGUCAGCGGCGGAGGAAUGGCUGGAGAUGACCACAGAGGAAGCUGCUCUCAAGGUCAUCGGAGAGCAGCUCCAGGGCAGAGACAAGGAUGAGGGGCAGCAGCUCAGGUUCCUGCGGGCCAUCUACCCCGCGUGUCUUGCUGCACAGGACCGAGGGCAGGACACGCUGGAGCCGCACUGCUGCAAGGCGGCUGUGGUGGAGAGGAUUGUGGUGAGUGAGAAUCCGUCAUCCGGCAGCUGGAGGGGGGAGAGAGACGUGGGAUUGGCCGGGGUAUGGCCGGGCUAA